AACAGCCAGUGCAGCAGACGAGAACGUGUUCAGCUGUACUCAUCCUCACAGAACUAGAAGCCGGGGAGCCUGUGCCUAGCUGACCCUCCAACCUGCAUCGGCCCACGCUGCCCAGUGGAGGCCAUGGAGUUGAGGCCUCUGCUGAUCCUGCUGCUGUCCAUAGCUUGGCAUGGUCAGGGGGCCCCUGUCAUUGAGCCCAGCGGCCCCGAGCUGGUUGUAGAACGGGGCUCACCAGUGACCCUGCGAUGUGUGGGCAAUGGCAGCGUGGAAUGGGAUGGCCCCAUCUCUCCCUACUGGAACCUGGACCCUGAAUCUCCCGGAAGCAUCCUGACCACGAGAAAUGCCACCUUCAAAAACACUGGGACCUACCGGUGUACUGAGCUUCAAGACCCCAUGGCAGGCAGCGCCACCAUCCACGUGUAUGUCAAAGAUCCUGUCCGGCCCUGGAAUUUGCUAGCACAGGAGGUGACAGUCCUUGAGGGCCAAGAAGCUGUGUUGCCCUGCCUGAUCACUGACCCCACGCUGAAGGCCAGUGUCUCACUGGUGCGUGUACGGGGCAAGCCGGUCUCACGCAAAACGACCUACUCCUUCUCACCAUGGCAAGGCUUCAUUAUCCACAAGGCUAAACUGCUUGAUAGCUAUACAUACCAGUGUAAAGCUGUGGUGAACGGGAGGGAGUCCACCUCCAUCGGCAUCCGCCUUGAUGUGAAGCGAGCCCACUCAGAGCCCCCACCCAUAACAUUGGAGCCUACAGAGCUGGUGCGGAUUCGAGGGGAGGCUGCCCAGGUCGCGUGCUCAGCCACUAAUGCAGACGCCAACUUCAAUGUUAUCCUCAAACAUGGAGACACUGAGCUUAAAAUCCCCCUGUACAGUGACUUUGAAAAUGACAUUUAUAAAAAAGUCAGGAACCUAAGCCUCAGUGCCGUGGACUUUCAAGAUGCUGGCAAAUAUUCCUGUGUGGCCAGCAAUGAAGCCGGCUUACACACAACCUCAAUGAACUUCCAGGUGGUGGAGAACGCCUACCUGAACUUGACCUCUCAGCAGAGCCUCUUGCAGGAGGUGGCCGUGGGGGAAAGCCUCACCCUCACAGUCAAUGCAGAUGCCUAUCCUGGCCUACAACAUUAUAAUUGGACCUACCUAGGGCCAUUCUUUGAAGACCAGCACAAGCUUGACUUUAACACCCAAAGGACCACAUACAGGUACUCAUUCAAGCUCUUCCUGAACCGUGUAAGGCCCUCAGAGGCUGGCCAGUACUGUUUAACGGCACGAAACAAAGCAGGCUGGAAUAAUCUGACCUUUGGGCUCACUCUUCAAUACCCUCCAGAGGUCAGUGUUACAUGGAUGCCUAUGAAUGGCUCUGAUGUCCUGCUCUGUGAUGUCUCUGGGUACCCUCAGCCCAACGUGACAUGGCUGGAGUGCAUGGGCCACACCGAUAGGUGUGAUGAGGCCCAGGCCUUGCAGAUUUGGAAUGAUGCCCACACCGAGGUCCUGAGUCAGGAGCCCUUCCACAAAGUGACCGUUCAGAGCCAGCUGCUCAUUGGGACCUUCAAGCACAACACAACUUAUGUUUGUAGGGCCCACAACAACGUGGGGAACACCUCCCAGUCCUUCAGGGCCAUCUCUGUAGGACGAAUCGAGCAGCAACCUGAUGAGUCCCUGUUCACUCCGGUGGUGGUGGCCUGCAUGGUUGUCAUGGCUCUGCUGCUGCUGCUCCUCUUGUACAAGUACAAGCAGAAACCAAAGUACCAGGUACGCUGGAAGAUCAUUGAGAGCUACGAGGGCAACAGCUACACCUUCAUCGACCCCACCCAGUUGCCCUACAAUGAGAAGUGGGAGUUCCCCCGGAAUAACCUGCAGUUUGGUAAGACUCUUGGAGCUGGUGCCUUUGGGAAGGUGGUGGAGGCCACAGCUUUCGGUCUGGGCAAAGAAGAUGCAGUGUUAAAGGUGGCUGUAAAGAUGCUAAAGUCCACGGCUCAUGCUGAUGAGAAAGAGGCUCUGAUGUCAGAACUGAAGAUCAUGAGUCACCUGGGACAGCAUGAGAAUAUAGUCAACCUCUUGGGAGCCUGCACUCAUGGAGGGCCUGUCCUGGUCAUCACUGAAUACUGCUGCUAUGGCGACCUACUCAACUUCCUGCGAAGGAAGGCGGAGGCCAUGCUAGGCCCUAGCCUGAGUCCUGGUCAGGACUCUGAAGGGGACUCCAGCUACAAGAACAUCCACCUGGAGAAGAAAUACGUGCGCAGGGACAGUGGCUUCUCUAGUCAGGGUGUAGACACCUACGUGGAAAUGAGGCCUGUCUCUACUUCUUCAAAUGACUCCUUCUUUGAGCAAGAUCUGGCCAAAGAGGUGAGCCGGCCACUGGAGCUCUGGGACCUGCUGCACUUCUCCAGCCAAGUGGCUCAGGGCAUGGCUUUCCUUGCUUCUAAAAAUUGCAUCCACCGGGACGUAGCAGCUCGAAAUGUGCUGUUGACCAGCGGACACGUGGCCAAGAUUGGGGACUUUGGGUUGGCUAGAGACAUCAUGAAUGACUCCAACUAUGUCGUCAAGGGCAAUGCCCGACUGCCGGUGAAGUGGAUGGCCCCGGAGAGCAUCUUCGACUGCGUCUACACGGUUCAGAGCGACGUGUGGUCCUACGGCAUCCUGCUCUGGGAGAUCUUUUCACUUGGUUUGAAUCCCUACCCGGGCAUCCUAGUCAACAGCAAGUUCUACAAACUGGUGAAGGAUGGAUACCAAAUGGCACAGCCUACAUUUGCACCAAAGAACAUAUAUAGCAUCAUGCAGUCCUGCUGGGACCUGGAGCCUACCAAGAGACCCACCUUCCAGCAGAUCUGCUUCCUCCUUCGGGAACAGGCCCAACUAGACAGGACCGACCAGGACUAUGCUAACCUGUCAAGCAGCAGUAGCAGUGGCAGCAGCAGUGACGGUGGUGGCGGCAGCAGCGGCAGCAGCAGCAGUGAGCUAGAGGAGGAGAGCUCCAGUGAGCACCUGGCCUGCUGUGAGCCAGUGGAUAGUGCCCAGCCCCUGUUGCAGCCCAACAAUUACCAGUUCUGCUGAAGUGGGACCACGGAGCACUGCUGCUCCCCAUAUCCCAGCUCUACCUCCUCCAUGGACGGGCGACAUGGGGAGAACACAUGAACUUUGUCCUCAGCUUGGCCCAGCUCUGAAACUUCAGAACAUGAGGGGUCUGGGGGAAAGUCAGAGGCCCCCAUCCCCAGAGCCUGGGCCAUCACUGCCAGUGGGGUUUUCACAGUGCUAGCCUGUAUUCACUAUGCCAGUUGGUGCACCCCUAGUUCACUUUCUUCAUCUUGUUCCCACUUGGAAAGAACCCCUGUUCUUGUGUUUCAACGGAAAGACUGAUUUGUGUCUCAGAAAAAGACAAGGCUCCCACGGCUAUAAGUAAGUGGAGAGAUUGCCUUCCCUGACAGAUGCUCAGGCCACAGCCUUCUUAGGGCUCCUUCCUAGGCUCACAGGCCUGGUCUCCACUCUUGAACUACACUAUAGCCCCGCCUCAUCCUGGAUCUUGGACUGCUAGAAUGAGCCAAGCGGCAGCUAAAAGUGAGGGGCGUUCUAGCUAGUGCCCUGUCAUUCUAGGCUGGAAGGCAAUGCUGGCCACACCAAACAAAUGUAGCACACUCCUCUCCCAGCUGACUCGUCCUCAUUAACAGUCAACAUUAAACUAACAGCAUUAACACA